CCCAUUUUCUUCUUAGCUGAAAAUAAUAACUGGUAGGCAGUAGCAGCAAUAGUCCCCUCUAUCGUCCGCUUAUCGCACGAUAAACAAAUUACAUCCAUCGCACUUGGGCGUUCUCUCUGUAUAUAUAUCUGGCUUGACCGAUGAAUAACUCGAUCUUAAGAAAUUAUAGAACCCACCCCCAAAUCCAUAGGCCCAGCCCAGUGUGGUGUAUAGCUUGACAAACCAUCAUGAAUUUCAGCGAGGGUUCCGACGAGUGGUUGGAAGCGAUUAUCAACUCUCCUGAUGUGACAUCGAUUAUCAAUCAGGCUGGUACUGAAGUAACGGAACAUCCUAUUAGCCAACAUCAAGCAACUGAUCAUGAUCAAGCUACCGUAGUCACAUUGAUUAUCAAUCAGGCUGGUAUUGGAGAAACCGAACAUCCUAUUAGCCAACAUCGAGCAACUGAUCAUGAUCAAGCUAUUGCAGUGACAUCGAUUAUCAAUCAGACUGGUACUGGAGAAACGGAACAUCCUAUUAGCCAACAUCAAGCAACUCGUGAUGAAGCUGCUGCAGCUGAACCAUCAAGAAAAAAAAGCGUAAGAACCCCUCUAAAUGAUGAACAAAAAAAAAUAAACAGAAGAAAUGCCGAUCAAAGACACCGAGAGAAAGAAAAGGCAGACAUUCAGAAAACGAGAGAGGAUUUGGAAACCGCCAAAAGAAAGUUGGAAGACGCCGAGAGAGAAGUGAAAGAGCUUCGACAUGCAAAUGAGUCAUUGAAGCUGGAAAAGAGAAAAGUGGAGCAACUUCAAAGGGCUAAUGACUUAUUGACUGAGGAAAAAAAAUCAAUGGGUCAAGAGUUGCAGAAUGCAAACACUCUGAAAGGGCAGCUUCAAUCUGAAAUUAAAAGAUUGCAUAAGGACCAUGACGAGAAAAUGAAAGAGGAGUUGCGAGUUCGCAAGACACAGAAUUACAAACGUGAGCAUCUUCAAUCUGAAUUUAAAAGAUGGAAAGAGGAGUUGCUAGCUCGCAAGACAGGAAAUUACAAACGUAAUAUGCACAAACGGAUUAAGGUCUCUAUCAAGAGACAGAGAGAGGAGAUGCAAGAUAUCGGCAGAGAACAGGACCGUAUCAGAUUCAGAAUAAAUUUACGGAGUGCAAUUGUUAGAGCUAUUAGUCUAGUUCACUUGUUUCUCCACUUGCUAGCAUUGGCUUGUCUGGACCGUCUGCUCCACCUUUUCUUAUCUUCAAGCUUGUAAAUACGCAUGCAGGACUUGUCUGUGGAUGCGUAUUUUUGCAUCGCAUUGUCAAUCAUGGGGCAAUAAGUAAUAACUUAUUUUUACAGUAGGCAUAAGUUUUGCGUCAAUUUAUCAAAAUUUCAGUACUUGUGUUUGCCUUUUAGAGCAAAGGGCAACUAAAUACAAGUCAUAUAUAUAGGACCAAAAUUUACAAGUAAGAAAAAAUGUGGCUGGAACA